AUCACAAACGGAGGAGCGCUGUUCGUUUACAUGCACAAACCAACGGCGCGGUGAGCUGUACAGAAAAAAUUCUGGAUUUUUGUCGGUAAAUUGUAGUGGGCGGAGGAAACAGAAGUUCGAGCGGGGUUCGAAAUAUUUUUCGAAAAGAUAAAUCACAACUGAGGAAACCACACCACAGCCGGCGCCAUGACGGAACGGGGCGAGAUUAAAGUUCUGGAGACCGCCGACGACAUCCAGGAUCGUCGGCAGCAGGUCCUGGACCACUAUGAGGAGUUCAAGCGCCUGGCCCGGGAGAGACGAGAGAAGCUUGAAGCGGCCCGACGCUUCCAGUUCUUCAAGAGAGAUGCCGAUGAGCUGGAGACCUGGAUCCUGGAGAAACUGCAGACUGCCUCGGACGAGAGCUUCAGGGAUCCUGUCAACCUGCAGGGUAAGCUGCAGAAACACCAGGCGUUUGAGGCCGAGGUGAUUGCCCACAGCAAUGCCAUCGAGCAGCUGGACGACUCUGGCAAUGCCAUGAUCACAGAACAACACUUUGCCUCCGAUGUCAUCGAGGCCCGUCUGAUUGAGCUGCAUCGCCUGUGGGACCUGCUGCUUAGCAAGUUGCGUGAGAAGGGUAUCAAGCUCCUGCAGGCCCAGAAGCUGGUCCACUUCCUGCGGGAAUGGGAGGAGGUCAUGUUCUGGAUCAGAGACAAGGAGACCUUUGCCUCCUCCAUGGAGACAGGCCUGGACCUGGAGCACGUGGAGGUCCUCCAGAAGAAGUUCGAUGAGUUCCAGAAGGACCUCAUCGCCCACGAGGACCGGGUGGCGGACGUGAACAGCGAGGCCAACACGCUGCUGUCAGAGGAGCACCCGGAGAGCGAGACGAUCCGCAGCAAGCAGGAGGAGAUGAACGAGGCCUGGGAACAUCUCAAGAGGCUGGCAACCAUCCGGCAGGAGAAGCUGUUCGGGGCCAUGGAGAUCCAGCGCUUCAACAGGGAUGCUGACGAGACCAUCAGCUGGAUCAAUGAGAAGGACUCCAUCUUGUCUUCGGAUGACUACGGUCGUGACUUGGCCAGCGUGCAAGCCCUGCAGCGUAAGCAUGACGGCAUCGAGCGUGAUCUGAAUGCCCUGGAAGACAAGGUGACCUGCUUGGUGCAAGAAGCAGAUCGCCUGGAGCAGAUUCACACUGACCAUGCUCCAGAGAUCCAAUCCAAACGCGACGAGAUUGCCAACAACUGGGAGAACCUGCGCUCCAAGGCCGACGAACGCCGCAUCCGCCUGGAGGAGUCCAACAAGCUACAGCGCUUCGUGGCCGACUACCGCGACUUGAUCACCUGGGUGCACGACAUGAAGGCCCUCAUCAACUCGGAUGAGCUGGCCAAGGAUGUGCCCGGAGCUGAGGCACUCAUGGAACGCCACCAGGAACACAAGGGAGAGAUUGAUGCUCACGAUGACAACUUCCGAGCAUGUGCCGAUGAGGGCCAAGAACUCGUAGACACUGACCACCCUGCUAAAGAGGAAGUCAAAGAAAAGCUUGUCAACCUUGCUGAGGAGAAGAAGAGUCUGGAGCUGCUGUGGGAAGAGCGCCGUGUCCAGUAUGAACAGUGCAUGGAUCUGCAGCUGUUCUACAGAGACACUGAACAGGCCAACACAUGGAUGGCUAAGCAGGAGGCCUUCUUGAGCAACGAGGAUCUUGGGGACUCCAUUGAUUCUGUCGAGGCUCUGAUCAAGAAGCACAACGACUUUGAGAAGUCUCUCAACGCACAGGAGGAAAAGAUCAAGGCCUUGGAUGACUUCGCCACCAAACUGAUUGAGAGUGACCACUAUGCAUCAGAUGACGUGGAAAGACGACGUGAUGAGCUGAUCAAGCGUCGGGAGGAGCUGAUAGAGAAGGCCAACAUCCGGCGUCGCCUGCUGGAGGACUCCUACCGCUACCAGCAGUUUGACCGGGACGCUGACGAGGUGGAGGGCUGGAUCCGAGAGAAGCUCAAGCAGACCUCGGAUGAAUCCUACAAGGACCCCACCAACCUGACCGGCAAGCAGCAGCGCCACCAGGCAUUUGAAUCGGAGCUGAGCAUCAACCAGGGUCGCAUCAACUCCGUCCGGGACCAAGGGGAAGAGAUGAUCGCUGAGGAGCACUACAACUCACCGGAGAUUGAGCGACGUCUCUCCGAGCUCAACCAGUUGUGGGGCAGCCUGAUUACUCAGACUGAGACAAAGACUGUUCGUCUGCAAGAAGCCACACAGGCCCUGCAGUACAGCAUGAAUGUGGCGGAGAUCCAGUCCUACGUGACUGAAAUAGAUGGCCUUCUGCAGACAGACGAUCAUGGAAAGGACAUCGGCACCGUGCAAUCCAUGCAGAAGAAGGUGACCGAGAUGGAGAACCAGCUGGGUCAGCUGGAGGAGCGCGUCGUGGCCUCCACCACCCAGAGCCAGCAGUUUGCCAUGGCCGGUCACUUUGACAAGGACAUCAUCGUUGAGAAGGAGGUCAUCCUGAAAGAGCGCUACCAGUCUCUGCAGGCUCCAUUGCAGGCACGCAAAAAGAAGCUGGAGGACUCGUACCGCUUCCACCAGUUCCUACGUGAUGUGGACGAUGAGGAGGCCUGGAUCCGGGAGAAGGAGCCCAUCGUGGCCUCCACCAACAGAGGCCGGGACCUGAUUGGCGUGCAGAACCUGAUCAAGAAGAACCAGGCCCUGAUGACUGAGAUCUCGGGCCAUGAGCCCAGGAUCACCUCGGUGGCCAAGAUCGGUCGGGAGAUGGUCGACGAAGAGCAUUUUGCCUCGGAGGAGAUAGCAUCCAAGGUGAACGCCCUGGAGGAGAAGUGGCAGAACCUGAAGGACAAGGCAGCCAAGCGCAAGGACGACCUAGACGACUCGCUGGAGGCCCAGCAGUACUUCGCUGAUGCCAACGAGGCCGAGUCCUGGAUGAAGGAGAAGGAGCCCAUCGUCUGCAGCGAGGAUUAUGGGAAGGACGAGGACUCCGCUGAGUCUCUGCUGAAGAAGCAUGAGGCCCUGCAGUCUGACCUGAAGGCCUACCACUGGACCAUUGAGAACCUGGCCAAACAGGCUGAGGAAUGCAGAUAUGAUCCUCCGCCUUCGGUGGCGCGCUUUCUAAUCGGAAACCAACAAGAGGUCCCCGUCACUGACGAGGCAGGCAAAGAAUGCGUCGUGGCCCUCUACGAUUACACCGAGAAGAGCCCCCGUGAGGUGUCCAUGAAGAAAGGAGACAUCCUGGUCCUGCUCAACAGCAGCAACAAGGACUGGUGGAAGGUGGAGGUGAACGACCGCCAGGGCUUUGUCCCCGCUGCCUACGUCAAGAAGAUCGACGCCGCCCAGAGCGCCUCCCAGGCCAACCUAGCUGAGGAGGACGGGAGCAUCAAGGCUAGACAGACUCAGAUUGAAAAACAAUAUGAAGACAUACUGCAGAACGCUGACGUGCGCAAGGACAAGCUGGAGGAAUCCUGCAAGCGCUACAUGCUGCUGCGUGAGGCUAACGACCUCAUGCAAUGGAUCAAGGACAAGGAAACACUUGUGACUAUGCAAGAGGUUGGUGAGGAUUUGGAACAGGUCCAGAUACUGCAGAAGAAGUUCGACAACUUCAAUAAGGAUCUUUUAGCCAAUGAGAGUCGUCUGGAUGAAAUCAACGACCAAUCCAAAGAGCUGCCUGUUGAUCAGAGCCCGGAGGAUGACGUGGUUCGCCGCCGUGUCUAUGAGCUGAACGAGCGCUGGAAGGCUCUGCAGAGGCUGACUGAAGAGCGGAGUGCGAGUCUGGGCACAGCCCAUGAGGUCCAGCGAUUCUUCAGAGAUGCUGAUGAGACCAAGGACUGGAUCAAUGACAAGAACAAGUCUCUCAACACCGAGAACCUCGGCCACGACCUGCACAGUGUACAGGCCCUGCAACGCAAACACCAAGGGCUUGAGAGAGAUCUGAAUGCACUGGGAAGCCAGGUCAACAAGCUUGAUGAGACCGCAACCAGACUGAUCCAGACUCACCCCGACCAGGCCGAGCCGAUCACUGAGAAAUGCCAGGAGAUCGAUGCUGCCUGGAACAACCUGCAGCAGAGGGCCAAUGACCGCAAGAACAAGCUGACAGACUCUUACGACCUGCAGCGAUUCCUGAGUGACUACCGGGACCUGAUGUCCUGGAUCAACAGCAUGAAGACGCUGGUCUGCAGCGACGAGCUGGCCAAGGAUGUCACCAGCGCUGAGGCACUGCUGGAACGCCACCAGGAGCUGCACUCUGAGAUGGAGGCCCGCGCCGGCUCCUUCCAGAACUUUGAAGCCUUCGGCAAGCAGCUCCUGCAGAACAAGCACUACGCCAGCCCCGAGAUCCAGGAGAAACUGGACGCACUCCAACAAGAGAGGGAGACUCUAGACAAAGAUUGGAACGACCGUCGUCUCAAGCUUGAUCAGUGUCUGGAAUUACAGCUCUUCCUGCGAGACUGCGAGCAGGCCGAGGCCUGGAUGGCCUCCCGCGAGGCCUUCCUGGCCAGCGAGGACAUCACCGGCUCCCUGGACGGCGUGGAGGCGCUGAUCAAGAAACACGAGGACUUUGACAAGGCCAUCAGCGCCCAGGAGCAGAAGAUCAACACCUUGCAGUCCUUCGCGGAUCAGCUGAUCAACGCUGACCACUACGAUUCCCCCUUCAUUGCUGACAAGAGGGACCAAGUCAUUGAGAGAUGGAACUCCCUGAAGGCAGCCCUGAUUGAGAAGCGCUCCAAGCUGGGCGAGUCCCACACCCUGCAGCAGUUCAGCCGGGACGCUGACGAGGUGGAGGCCUGGAUGACGGAGAAGUACCAGGUGGCCACCGACAAGUCCUACAUGGACCCCACCAACAUCCAGAGCAAGCACCAGAAGCACCAGGCUUUCGAGGCGGAGGUGGCGGCCAACGCUGAGCGCAUCCAGGCCGUCAUGGCUGUCGGACAGAGACUGAUUGACAACCGCCAGUGCGUGGGAAGCGAGGAUGCCGUCCAGAAUCGCAUCGUCACCAUCGGCAACCAGUGGGAGCUGCUGGUCACCAAGUCCACUGAGAAGAGCGAGAAACUGAAGGAGGCCAACAAGCAGCAGACGUUCCACAUCAGCAUCAAGGACAUUGACUUCUGGCUCAGUGAGAUUGAAGCGGCGCUGUCGUCUGAUGACAUAGGUCGUGACCUGACCUCGGUGCAAUAUCUUCUGAAGAAGCACCAGCUGCUGGAGGAUGACAUUGCUGCCCAUGAGGAUCGUAUCAAGGACCUGAAUGCCCAAGCCGAUGCCUUCAUCGAAGCUGGUCACUUUGAUCCCCAGGUGAUCAAAGACAAGAAGGAGAACAUCAACAUCCGCUAUGAAAAAGUCACUGAGCUGAGCAUCUUGCGUCGUGAGAAGCUGAACGAGUCACACCGCGUGCAUCAGUUCUUCCGAGACAUCGAUGAUGAGGAGGCUUGGAUCAAGGAGAAGAAAUUGCUGACCAGUUCCGAUGACUACGGCCGUGAGCUGACCGGUGUGCAGAACCUGCGCAAGAAACACAAGCGUCUGGAAGCUGAGAUCAACGGCCAUGAGCCCGCCAUUCAGGCUGUUCACGAUGCCGGUGCUGUUUUGAUGGACAAACUCGAGGCUGUCCAAGAUUCCGGCGCCACUCUGAUGCAGGAGGUUGAGCUGAACAGGGACAAUGUGCAGCAGCGCCUGGACCAGCUGGCUUACAACUGGGAUGAGCUCAAGAACCUGGCACAGGACAGAGGCAAGAAGCUUGAGGAGUCGCUGGCCUACCAGGAGUUCCUGGCCAGCGUGGAGGAGGAAGAGGCCUGGGUGAAUGAGAAGCAAACCCUGCUGUCCAGUGAGGAUUAUGGAGACACACUGGCUGCUGUGCAGGGUCUGCAAAAGAAGCACAAGGCGUUUGACAUGGAUUACAAGGUGCAUCAGGAACGUGUGGAUGACAUCAACCGCCAGGGAGAGACGCUGAUUGAAGCGGAGAACCACAAUUCAGAGGCCGUCCGUCAGCGCAUCGACUCCCUGGAGAAGAAGUUUGAGGAGCUGGGCCUGGCCGCCCAGCGCCGCAAGGCCAAGCUGGACGAGAACUCGGCCUUCCUGCAGUUCAUCUGGAAGGCCGACGUGGUAGAGUCCUGGAUCGGUGAGAAGGAGAGCAUGGCUCGCUCUGAUGACUACGGACGGGAUCUGUCGUCUGUCCAGACGCUGCUCACCAAGCAGGAGACCUUUGACGCUGGCCUGCAGGCCUUUGAGAAGGAAGGCAUCACCACCAUCACCACACUGAAGGACACGCUGGUGGCGGCUAAUCACGUCCAGACACCUGCCAUACAGCAACGUCAUGCCAACCUCAUCGCUAGGUGGGAGAAGUUGUUGUCUGACUCGCAGAACCGUCGCCAGCGCCUGCUGAGGGCCCAGGAGCAGUACCGUGAGGUGGAGGACCUGUUCCUUCUCUUCGCCAAGAAGGCCUCGGCAUUCAACAGCUGGUUUGAGAACGCGGAGGAAGAUCUGACUGACCCUGUGCGCUGCAACUCAGUGGAAGAGAUCAAGGCUUUGAAGGAGGCCCAUGAUGCCUUCACUGCUUCUCUGAGCAGCGCCCAGAAUGACCUGAAGCAGCUGGCUGCCCUGGACAAACAGAUCAAGAGCUACAACGUCACAUCCAACCCGUACACCUGGUUCACCAUGGAGGCCCUGGAGGAGACCUGGCGCAACCUGCAGCGCAUCAUCCGGGAGCGGGAGGUGGAACUGAACAAGGAGAUGGAACGCCAGGAGGAGAACGACCGCUUCCGCAAGCAGUUUGCCCAGCUGGCCAACACCUUCCACGCCUGGCUGACGGACUCCAGGGUUACUAUGGUUGAGGAAUCUGGUAAUCUGGAGAACCAACUGGAGAGCCUGAAAGAAAAGAUCAUUGAGGUGCGAUCUCAGAAGAGCCAGUUGAAGAAGAUAGAAGACCUUGGAGCCAAGAUGGAAGAGAGACUCAUCCUGGAUAACCGUUACACUGAGCAUUCUACUGUUGGCCUGGCCCAGCAGUGGGAUCAACUGGACCAGCUGGGUAUGCGUAUGCAGCACAACUUGGAACAACAGAUACAGGCACGCAAUACUACCGGAGUCAGCGAGGAGUCGCUCAAGGAGUUCAGCAUGAUGUUCAAGCACUUCGACAAGGACAAGACAGGCUUCCUGGAGCACAAGGAGUUCAAGUCCUGCCUGCGAUCCCUGGGCUACGACCUGCCCAUGGUGGAAGAAGGGCAGGAGGAUCCGGAAUUCCAGGCCAUCCUAGACACCGUGGAUCCAAACAAAGAUGGAGUGGUGUCACUCCAGGAGUACAUGACCUUCAUGAUCAGCCGCGAGACAGAGAAUGUCCACUCCCGAGACGAGAUCGAGAAUGCCUUCCGCGCACUCAGUGCCGAAGGCAAACCCUACGUCACCAAACACGAGCUCUAUGCCAAUCUACCAACCAUAUUGGCAGAGUACUGCAUCCUACGCAUGGAGCCUUACCGCGACGCCAAGGGUCGAGAAAUACCCAACGCCCUGGACUACGUCAAGUUUAGCUUCGACAGUUUCCAGAACUAACACCAGGCCCUAUCUGCUUCACUCAUUCCACAAAGGGGAUUGUUGUUGGAGUAGAUCCACAGAUUUCCAGUUUUCAUUUUCAAUUGUCUAGGAUUGUAGUGUUUUAGAUUCGCCUUUCCCGUUCAAGACGAAUUCACGUCACUAUCUGUGAUGGCUGUUUUGCAUUUCAAAAAAAAAUGUGCUGUGCAUUGUGAAAGUAGAGGAUGCCAAGUUGAAUUUGUCUUACAAAUUGUUUGGUCUCAAGAUCUGCCUUUUUCAUCUUCCGCUAACUCUGAAUAGUGGGUAACAGAACAUGUACAAGUUAAGACUCCCUAAAAACGAACACUCCAACAGGCUGUUUCAUGUAUUAAUUAUUAUAACAGAAAUCACAUUGGUGUUUUUCUGAUCUUUUCGGGGUUUACAAUGUUAACAUUUAAUCAAAAAAUGUACUUUAGUUAUAGAAAUCAGUACUGUGAGUAAAGUAAGAUAUAAUACUUCAUAUUGCAUAGUAGCGAAAUUGCUCUAGUAUGAUCUACAUAAUGUUAUGUAACGGUACCAUAUUACAGUAAAACUAUUGAAUAACGUGCUAAUAUGUCAUCAGCUAAAGCAAAUGUCAUUUCAGUGUGUUUGUCAUGUAAUGGUCGUAUUGCAUGCUCAUUAAAUAACAACCUACAUUCCCUUCUCACUGCGUAAUAGUUACAAAUAAGUACUGUAAUCUUUAGAUAUUUCUAUUAGUAUGAGUAACAAAAAAUCUGUUUGAUCAUUGUCCAGAAUUACAGCAUGAUUGUAAACAUCUCUCUCUGUCAAACCAUUUGUCAUUAAAGUAAUAAAAAUGUGUGAAAAAUAAAAUAUACUCUUGCACAACAUCCAAGG